AUGGAUGACGAGAUCCAGCCCAUCUCGCUCGUUUACAACGAUUGGAACCCCCACUGGUCGCAGACCGUCCGCUUCUUUCUCACCCGCCCGGAUCUUCACUCCCUUCACCUUCGCUUUUCUCGCCCCGAUCAUCUCCCCACUCUCGGCGCCUGCAUCGCUCGCAGCAGCCCCUCCCUCUCGUCCCUCCACUUGGAGAUGCAAGGCACUGUUGGUUCCUCCGCCAGAGCAGGCGGGGCAGCCGUGCAGCAGGAGCGGGUGGCGGCGCUCAAGGCGCUGCGUGAGCUGCUCUCGGCCAAUCACAGCCCGCCACUUGGCACUGCCGUGCGCUGUGGGGCCGUGCCUCUGCUGGCGGAGUGCCUGGCGUUUGGAGCCCCGGAGGAGCAGGCACAGUGCCUGGCGUUCGGAGCUCCAGAGGAGCAGGUGGGUUUGAGCGGGGAGGGCGAGUCCUGGCCGCUGAGUUUUCUCAAGGACUGCGCCCAGCUGCAGGAGUUGAAUCUGGGGCGGGGCAUGUGGAAACUCAAUUGGCAAUGUGUGAACACGUCAUGGUUCAAGUCGAUCCGCAAGCUGACUCUAGAGCACGUUCAUUACGGCAGCAUGAGCUUCCAGUUUAUCGAGAUUAUUACACAGCAGCUGCACGAGUUCACUCUUUAUGAGGACGGCAACAUGCUUCGUGAACAUCCUCACGUGCCCUCCGCCACCACCCUCGCCUUCUCCUUCCCCAAUGCCCGCCUCCUCCGCUUCCGCUUUGCCAGCACUGAGCUGCACCUCACCCUCACCGUCCCGCCCUCCCUCGAGACUCUCUCAGUCGUGGCCAAACGGCUGGUCCUCUCCUGCAAGAGCACCGCCCCUCUCGCUCUCGACCACCUCUCGCUGUACGGCCAGGAGCAGCUUGUUAUCUCCUCCCUCCGCCUCGCAUCCGCCGGGGUUGUCUACUUGGACGGACCGGCCAAUGACCAGGAGGGUUUUUCCUGGGCGGAAUGGCUUGACAUUAUAGCACCAACAGUGGAGGUGCUUAUUGACUACCCCGCCCUGGCGCUCUAUUGUGUGGUGGACCGCUCCUUCUACUGGGAGAGGAAAGGAGUGCCUGUGAGCAAUGGGCCACUGGAGCAUGUGAGGCGGGCCAAGAGUGGGGUGUGGGAUGACGAAGAGGAGGAGAAGCGGCCCAAGAAAGUGUGGGAGAAGAUGCACAGUGUGAACAGGAAGCUGGUGGAGGGGUACUGUGCUGAGGACGACCAGGUGUACGUGCUGCAGUUCCAGUAG